UUUAAAAUCAUAAUAAUCGAGUUAAAACUAGGGACGCAAUUCGUAUUUUGCCACAAAAAGGAAAACAAGGGCAACAAGGGAACUUAUAGGUAUCUAUUAGCACAGUGACUGUGAUUGCAUCUCGGCGUCGCCAGGGAGAGGAGGGAAGCCAAUUCCAAUUGUAGCAACCAUGACUGACUAUGCACAAGAGCAGGAGAUGGAAAUUGAAGCAUUGGAAGCUAUACUUAUGGAUGAUUUUAAAGAAAUUCACUCAAGUGAGAGUGGCCUAAAUACUUCUAGUAGAUGCUUUCAGAUAACUCUAUCACCUCAGGACGAUGAGGCAGAUGAACCAACAACUUAUCCAGUUCAGCUGGCUUUGAUUUUCUCACAUACAGAGAAAUAUCCUGAUGAACCUCCUCUUUUGAAUGUGAAAAGUUUAAGAGGAAUACCGGGAGAAGAUCUAAAGAUUUUGCGAGAAAAGCUUCAGCAAGAGGCAUCUGAAAAUCUUGGUAUGGCUAUGGUCUACACUCUUGUCACAUCAUCUAAAGAUUGGCUAUCUGAGCGAUUUGGUCAAGAUAGUAAUCUUGAGAGCGCUGAAGCAGAAGAGAGGGCAAAAGAUGAUGUGAUUGUACCACAUGGAGAACCUGUCACCCUUGACACAUUUUUAGCAUGGAGGGAAAGAUUUGAAGCAGAGAUGGCGCUGGAACGAGCCAAGAUAAUGCCCGAAUCAGCUCUUACUGCACCUAAGGAGAAGAAACUUUCUGGCAGGCAGUGGUUUGAGAGUGGACGAGCUUCUGCAAAAGGUGCAGCUGCAGUUACCGAAGAAUCUGAUGAGGAAGAUGAGGAAGAUAUUGACUUUGACGAGGAUGAUUUUGAAGAUGAUGAGGACGACAUGCUUGAGCACUAUCUAGCUGAGAAGCCAGAUUCAUCCUCACACUCAUCCAGAAGGGCUUAGCUAAAAACGAUCCAUUGAUUUGCUAGCUGGUCCGGACACUCACAAAUAUUAAAAAGAAGGAAUCUUAGUUGAAACCCGGGCAACCUUUUUCCCAUAUAUGCAACUUUUUGUUCUAUUUACUGUCAAAUGAGAAAGCUGGCGAUGAAGAGAUGUUCUUAGAAGGCUUCAUUUUCUUGGUUUUUUUGGUUAGAAAGAAAGCUAGUGGUGGCUGUGACAUUUUGUAUUCAUAUUUUCUCUUUACAUUUACUAUUCAAUGAAAGAUUCUCCCUAAAACAUGUCAAA